AUGCACUCAACGUGUGACAAGGGGGCCGAAGCACUGACUCCUAUAGAACAAUGUACAAUCAAUGUCCCUUACAAGAAGAUGGUGAUACUGGUGGAGGUACACAAGUACAACCUCUGGACUUGCGUGACAGAGGUGCUUGACAACAACUUACUGGCUCCACACUUUGAAUGGGAUGCCCAGAAGAUUUUCCAAUGCAAUGGAAAGUGUCCCCGCCUCAUCUGUCUUAUUCCCAAGGGCAACCUACACAACUCAGGCACAGCACAGCAAGGACACAAGGCCAUGCAAACCUACAAGACUGUUAGUAAGAAUGCUGGUGAGAAGGAGUUAAAGGAGUAUGGAUUACAUAGGGGAGAGAAUGUAUUUUAUGAUAUCAAACACUUGGAUAUACAUGAUGCAUUAUCAUUUGACCAUCUGCACUUCUGCCAUAGUGGUCUGUUUGGUUGGCAUUUCCUCCCUGAACUCCAGAAGAUCAUCAAAUAUCAAGCCCUAAUGGUCACUUCUUUGUUUAGAUUUGAUCAAAUUCCAUGUUGGCAAAACCUGAAUCACUUUGAUUCUGCCAUUGAUACAAGCUUCUCUGAUGGCAAUAAGCUCUUCAACAUGUCUAAGCAAAUCCUAUUUGCAGCACAUAACCUCCUGACACCAAGGAUGUCCCCUGAAGGAUAUGCACUUUUUUGGCUAAUACAAAGCUAUCUAGAGGUCAAUUGUUAUAUUGGCCUAGGCAUACACAUGAAAGAUACAAUCAAGGCCAGCAAGGAAGAGUUUGCAAGGUUCAACAACCUGCUUGAGGAAUACAUUGAUAUCUCUGAUAAGUCAAUGAUUCCCAUUCUCAAGAAGGACUGGAACUUUUCCAAAUCACAUUAUUUCAAGCAUGUAUUUGAGGACAUUCAGAACAAGGGUGCAACUUGUAACUACAGUACCUGGACCAACAAAGGGGUCCAUGCACUCCUGAAAGCUGCAUAUGGUUGUAAUAAUGGAAAAGGGAUUGCAGACCAGAUCAUGAGAGUCAACCAGCAUUGUUUGGCUGUUGACCUCAUUCUUGGAUGGGUCAUAGAGUACAAAGCUAAUACAUCACAAUGCAAUAACUUGGUCAACAGCAAUGAAAGGCCAAGGACACCUCAGGCUAGCAUGACCAUUGAGGCACUUCAGGCCAAGUACUCUGGUGACAUAGCACUGCAGCAACUGCAGCAUGCACAUCAGAUAUUCACAAAUCUCACCCUUCCAAAUAUUUCUAGCAUGGAGGCAUAUAAAGCCCAUUGUACCUAG